AUGGUGAGGCGGUGGAGAUCGAUUCUGGGAUGUUACUUUCUGAAGCCGAUGAGUUUAGAGGGAUAUGGAGGGGUUUGGAGAGGCGGUGGGCAUCGAGAGACUAGAUAUGAACACGCGUGCUUGUGCCCUUCUUGCCAACUCUUCUUAUACCACCCCUCCGGCUCUCCAGUCAUCAUAGGGUCGUAUUCUCCGAUUGAAAAUGACAAAAAAGAGAUCCCAAAUGAAGGGCGUCUUCCUGAUGCAACCAAAGGUAAUGACCAUUUAAGGGAAGUAUUUGUUGAAACCAUGGGUCUUGAAGACAUAGACAUUGUAACUCUAUCUGGUGGACAUACUUUGGGAGGUGCACAUAAGGAAAGAUCUGGAUUUGAAGGACUAUGGACUUCAAAUCCUCUUAUCUUCGACAAUAGCUACUUUAUAGAGCUUCUUGCUGGUGAGAAAAAAGGGCUUCUCAAGCUACCUACUGACAAGGCUGUUCUUGAUGACCCUGUAUUCCGACCCCUUGUUGAGAAAUAUGCUGCUGAUGAGGAUGCAUUCUUUGCUGAUUAUGCAAUCUCCCACAUGAAACUCUCCGAGUUGGGAUUUGCUAAGGCUUAAUCUCGCAUAAAUGGGGUGGAUGACCUAAUAAAAAACUACCUUACGACUUGUAGCCUGGUGCAACAAAAAUUUCAUUGAUAAUCUUUUGAUGUAUUAUAUAAUGUUCAUGUUGUGAAAUACUUGUUUUUACCACGAAGUCAUCAAAAUCUAGAAACUUAAAAAAAAAAUUCUUACAAUUUUUGGUGAAAGGCC